GAAGUUACGCAGAAAUUGCAGCUGAUUAAGAUUGAGUAUGGAAAGCCUGUUAUUCAGGCGGGUGAAGUAGGUGAUUGCAUGUACUUCAUUAAUUCUGGAUCGGUGGAAAUUCUUGUUAACGGCAACACUGUGGAUCGUCUUACAACAGGUGACUUCUUCGGUGAAGUUGCUCUCACCGUGUCGAAGCAGAGGACAGCAGAUGUCAAAUCGUUGGGAGCAGGAAGUGGACCUAAGAACACAAACAAGCCUGUGGAGGCUGUCGAGUUGUUCCGACUGAUGAGAUCAGACUUUGAAGCUGUUAUGGAGAGAUUCCCUAUCCUCAAAACUCGUCUAGCUCAGAUUGGACAGGCGCGAGUAAGACGCGCUGCAGCACCUUUUGAGGCCGAUGGAGCGACUGCUGCAAGCUCCUCACCCACGCCGAGCAAGGAGAGCUCGUCAAGCAGCUCAGGCACCCGCCACGCGUCCCCGACGCGCACAUCGCAACCGGAGCGCAAGGGAGCUUCAACCAAUGCCUCGGAUAGCAAGGACGUGCGCGACAAGAAGAAGAAAGCAUGCUCGCAGCAGUGAUGGCAUUGUGCUUGGACCAUCCAAGUUGACCGGUGUAGCGUGGGGUGUUGUGAUGUUGAAGAGUGUUGGUAGGCAGGGAGAAGUAAACAAAAGGGUAAAUU